AUGAGGCGUGGGAAUAAACACGAGCAAGCCACGCUCGUGAGCUCGCGAAAAGCAGCCUGCUGCUUCGUCUCGCGCCCGCCCGGAGGAAGGAACAGGGGAGCUCACCCCCAGGUCACCGUCGCGUCUCUUCUCCGGCCGCCGCCCAAGAUGGAUGGUGACCAAAGCUUCUUGGACACCAUUGGUUUUGGUUACACACAAACACAACCAGAUAGUCCAAUUGGAGAGCAGGCAACUCCAUCAACUCAGCAUCGUUCUGCAAUAACAGAGAAAGGAAAAUCCAACAAAGGCAAAAAUUGGUCUAGUGAUGAGGACAAGUACUACAACACACACAAGGAAUCAUCAUGGCCGGAGCGUAAUGCUAAUGCAAUCAAUUGUCGUUACACAACGAUUAACAAAGAGACCUCCAAAUUUUGUGGUUGCCUUGAGCAUAUUUUAAAUAGGCAAGAAAGUGGAAGGACUAUAGAAGAAAAGACAAACGAUGCACACAUUUUGUUCAAGGAAAUGGAUCUUAAAAAAAAGAAGCCUUUCACACUGAUGCAUUGCUAUGUAGAGUUUUCAAAGUAUCCAAAGUGGCAGGCAAGAGAAGUUGAAACUUCUCUUAAGAAACAAAAGAAGACCAUUGAUGCAAGUCUGGGCACAGCCACCAAUGAUCCGGCUGAUGCAUCCUCAGUACGUACUAAUGCUACCUCGAUACGCACUGAUGCUCUUGAACAUGAGAAAAGACCUGAUGGUGUGAAGAAGGACAAGAGAGGUAAAGCUGAUGACAGUGCUUGCAAGUUGUCAUUAGAAACUGUGUGGGCAGCAAAGCUAGAGAAGGAUGAGAUCAAAGAGGCGGCAAGAAAUGCUCGCUACGCACAGCAAUUGGAAGUGCGAAAAGAGGAGAUUGCACUCGAAAAGAAUGAGGAUGCACGAAACGAGAGGGAGGAUGCACGGAGACAGUUUGAAUUAGAUGAGAGGGUCAUGCUCAUCGACACAAGUGGUAUGGCUGAUGUUCAAAAGCAGUUCUACCAAGCUAAGCAGAAGGAGAUCCUUGCUCGCGGCGUAGGGUAA